CAGGUGAUCUGAUGCUUUCACAGACAUACAUGCAAGUAAAAUUCCAAUGCUUAUGAAGUUAAAAAGUAAAAAGAAUUAUUUUAAAAAAUAAUUAGAAUGACCAUAACUAAAAAUAGUAACAGAAAUAAUCCAAGCCAGCCAUUUGAACUUAUGAGUCAUGAUAUCAAUUAAUGACUUCUUUCUUAAACUGAGUAAAAUUUAGAAAGUUAGUGUAGGCUGACCAUACUCAUGGGGACAUGUAAUGAUCCCUGUUUCCAUGUGAUUUGCUUAUGCAAAAAGAUAUUUAAAAGCUUCUAAAUUUGAGGCCAAAAGUCAGCAUUCACUGGGCAUUGAAAAUAAAUUUCGGCUGAUGUUCUAGCAGUCCAAGAGGUACGGUGUGGUCUUCAGUUCGCUAUGUCCACCAACAAUAUGUCUGACCCAUGGAGACCCAACAAAGUGCUGAGGUUUAAGUCUCCUCCGAGUGAGUGCAACCCAGCUUUGGACGGCCCAACGCCGGACUACAUGAAUCUCCUCGGCAUGAUCUUCAGCAUGUGUGGCCUCAUGCUUAAACUGAAGUGGUGUGCUUGGGUUGCUGUCUCCUGUUCCUUUAUCAGCUUUGCCAACUCCCGGAGCUCGGAGGACACGAAGCAGAUGAUGAGUAGUUGCAUGCUCUCAGUCUCUGCCGUGGUGACGUCCUAUCUGCAGAAUCCUCAGCCCAUGACACCCCUAUGGUGAUGUUACCUAGAGGACUUGGAUCCUGGACUCCUGCUCACCUUCUCUCUGGUCUAGCCUUUGGCUGCCUCCAACCUGCCCUUAGCUGCUGUCCUUAAACUUGCCCGAGAGCUGUCUCUGGUCUCCCAGUUGAAUGGAGGGAAGUUGGACCUUUCUUUGGGGCCCUGCUUCUGCUUUGACAAAGGGGUAAACCCACAGACUUCCUUUUUAUUUUCUCUCCCCUGGCCACUGUUAUGGAAAACACUGUUCGUGUUUCUAAGUAUUCACUAGUUUUCUUGUUGAAACCAGUUGAUAUAAAAUUUUCCACUCUGAAAAAAAAUUCAACCCUUUUUUUUAUUCAUUUAACUUUUUUCUGUUAAGACCACAUUUGAAAGUAAACACGCUUUUAGCACAUGUCUAUCACCCCAGCUCUGGGAAGUUAAAGGCAGGGGAUUAGGAGUUCAAGGUCUUUCUCAGUUGCAUAGUAAGUGGUAGCCAGCCUGGGCUAUGUGAGACAAAAGAAGGAUGGAUCGUAUUUUAUUCCAUGUCUGUAUUUUUCGUGGACUUGACUUUGGGGGCUGGUCUAUGACCUGCAUUUGGGGUUGUACGGCUAGUCUUCCUGUUCUUGUACUCAAUACUCCAUAUUGAUGCUGCUGUGUUGUUUUCUGUGAUACUUGGCUACAGUGCCUUGUGAACUACUUUGUGGUCAUUUUUUUUUUUUUUGCCAUCCACUUCCGACAUUCCAAAGGAAUCCCAAACUUUCCACAGAACCAGAGCCCUCGUGUCUUGUCAAAGUUCUUCAGACCUGUAACGACAAUUUCAUCUCACUUUUAUUCUCUGUUCCUAGUGCUAGACCAUUUCCUGACAGAUGACGUGUCUUUAGCUUUGGUAGAAAGAAAACCAAAAAGAUUACUCCAGGACUGGGAGAAUAGGAAUGGACACAAGAGCUGAUAAAAGAUUAGAAGACUUUUGGAAGUGAGAGGAGACCGUGUAUAAAGCAGAGCAGGGGGAGGUACAAUCUAAGUGAUUGUGGAGAACAGCAGAACAGAAAGAAACUUAUUUACUCCACAGAGUCCUGGAAGAAUUCACGAGUCAGAAGUACAAGGUCUAGGUGAAGCAGAGUUACAAAGAGAGGGUUUGUUGAACACUUACAGAAGACACAGUGAACCCCAGAUCUGCCACCUAGAGACAGAUUGCAUUCUACCCUCAUACAGAGCAGAGAAGGCAUGCUCAUAAAGUGUAGCCAGAGAGACUCUAGACUAGGGUACCAGGUUCUGCAAAGGAAGCAGUGUAGCACCGUGUUGAAAAGAUAGUAAAGAACACGUAAUGUACCGGAUGCAGGAAGUUAGGUUUCUAACCCAAGUUGUCCCCAGAACACUGUAGGUAUAGGUUGUUAUCUAUAGAUAAUGAGAUCUGGUGAUCUCCUAGUGAAAUGGGCAGUGCCCCAUCCAAGCGACCGGCUACAAAGUCCCUCAGUGAACAGCCACAACUCCAGAUACAAAGCUUUCUGCCAAUGUUUUAGUUGACCAGUUAGUCAAUAUCAAAGAAAGGAAAUGCAAACAAGAAAAGAAAAUACAACAAUAUAAAUGAAACUAACACAUAGCAGAGAAAAAUCUUUAAAAUCUGUACUUAAUAUUCUCACAGAGAUUAAUAAAAAAGAUUAGCGAAAUGGUAUGAAAAGAGAAGGAAUCAUUAAAAAUGAAGUGUAUAGGAACAUUGGGCUGGGGAGAUGACUGAGCAGUUAAGGGCACUGGCUGUACAUUCAGAGGACCUGGGUUCAAGUCCCAGCACCACAUGGCAGCU